UAACAAUUCAUUUAAUUUUAGAAUAAGGCUGAAUUCUUUCCCGAAUGCACUGUAUCUACUUCAUACCUUGUACCUCUCUCUGCACGUUGGUCUUGUACUGGUGCUCUCUGUAUAUAGCUCCCUUCUUUUGUAUUUUAUUUUAUUCCUUGUGUUAUUGUUUUUAAGCUCUGCAUCGUUGGGAAGGGCUCUGAGCAAGUAUUUCAUGGUAAAGUCGAAAGCAGGUGUAUUAGGCGCAUGCGAGAAAUACAAAUUGAUUUGAUUAUACUAAUUUGAGUGUCGUGUAUUUAUGUUUACUGUUACCUCUAAUCUAUGAGACCAGGCUUGACUGCACAGCAGCCAUAUAAUCGCCCACGCCCUCCAUACUCUGGGACUGUAUCAGCAAAUGACUGUAUAUACGAAGGUAUCAGCACGCUAGGCGACUUCGCAUCUCCUUGCGGGAUAGCCUUUGCUGUAUCAGGACAGGACGUCACGGCUUUGACCUAGGGCAAAGAAGCACGAGUUACCCACUUCCAUCAGUAGGGAUGUAAGUCUAUACCACUAUUCACAGUGGUCUUUGUUGAAAUUUGGAACGCAGAGCAUCUGAACGUACUUCAGUUUACCGGGCCGAGCACGCACGAGCCAGCAGGUGCCAUGGAGUCGCAUCCCUCUGCCACCGCAUAUCUCGUCCUAGCAUUGGUCUCCACAACCUCUGGGUUCUUCUGGACUCCCCGGGGUCCUCAGAUGUACCCCUGCCUCACCUACAUGGAGCGCAACCUGCGGGUGGACUGUGAGUUCCCUGUGGAAGACAACCCUGUACACCUAGGCCCCUACUGCGAGUACAAGCAGGACAGCCGACUGGUGGGCAGCACCUACCCCAACGCUGUGUCCCUGGUGUCCACAGACAACCGGAGGAGGGCCAACGUGAGCCUGGUCAACCCCACCGUGUGUCGCCUCACCUGGGCUCCGAUGGCGGAUGAUAAGCCCUACACCUACACCUGCAGGGUGUACCAGGGGUCUACCUGGAAGGAGAACAGCAUGGCUGUACACCAGCGAAUUCUUCCAAUCUGUUCAGCCCUCGGCGUGAUGUUCAAUACCGGGCUAUUUCUUCUGUCCCUUGUGAUGUCACUUCCUGUAACUACGGGUCUCCUCUCUCCCUGACCUCCUUUCAAUGUAUAGAUAGCCAGAUGUUAUUAAAUGUUUUUAAACAGAUUUUCAUAUCAUUAUUAUAGUUCACAAUAAUAACUACAAUUUACUGAGAUCAUAGACAAUGUGUAAUGAGUGUGAAACACUGUUUUCUGACCACUUCAAUGAUCACUUCAAAAACUGAUCCAUCAGACUAGUUCUUAUUCUGUACUAUCUAUUCUCUAUACUUUAGGCUUUGCUUUUGGAGUAUCAGGUGAGAAUCCUAUCAAACAAUUUCUUUAUAUCAGUCAAACUUUCAGGACUUCCAGACUUUCACGCUCAUAUCAGCCCUUUGGCUCAGGGAUGCUAGUACUGGAAUGGAUGAUCAUAUCCUAAAGAGAUUCACAAUGGCUAUGUUUACACAGGCAGACCAAUAGUGAUAUUUUUCCACUAAUUGUUUUUUUAAACAAUCAGAUUAGUUAAAAGCAGCCUUUGUGUAAAAUAUAUAUAUAAUUAUAUAUCUUUAAAAAAAAUAUUAUCCUUUAUUAUUUUACCCUAACACUACCACCCCUCCCCUAAUUUGAGUAAACUAGUGUUCAACAACACUUAGGCUUCUACUUCCAGUUUAUACAUACUAUAUACAUUUUACGGACACAGUAUAUUUUAUAAUAGUUAUAUUUUGUUUAUUUCUGUCCCAUCCUUCUGCUACCCUCAACUCCUCCCAUCUAUCUCUGAAGACCAUCCAGUUUAGAUUUUUUAUUUGCCAUAUAAUUUUAAACUGUGCUGUUUCACAAAAGUUCUGAACCUAUAUACAUUGUACGGACACAGUAUAUUUUACAAUAGUUAUCUUGUUAUUUUUAGUACUACCCUUCAGCUUCAUUCAACCCCUCCCAUCUAUCUCUGAACACCCUCAAGUUUCAUUCUUCAGUACCAAAACAAAUUAUCUAAUGUUUCUGUCUCUUCACAGCAAAAUCUGCAGAGCUGGGAUGGUUGUAUAAUAAUUUAAAUUAUUUAACUAAGUUUUGAAUCCAGCGUAAUUUUAUGUAUCAGUUCAUGAAUCAUGAAUUCAUUAGGCCUAUGGAUUUUACAUGUCUGGGCAGGUGCACAGCCAUGGGUGGGCCUGCGAGGGCAUAGGCCCACCCACUUGGGAGCCAAGCCCACUCACUGGGGAGCCCCGCCCAACCAAUCAGAGUAUGUUUUUCUCCACAAAAGGGCUUUAUUACAGACAGAAAUACUCCUCAGUUUCAUCAGCUGUCCAGGUGGCCUUUUAUUGUCCCCAGCACAAGGUGCACUUGUGUAAUGAUCAUGCUGUUUAAUCAGCUUCUUGAUAAUACACGCCUGUCAAUUGGAUGGAUUAUCUUAGCAAAGGAGAAAUGCUCACUAAUAGGAAUGUAAACAAAUUUAUGCACAACAUUUGAGAGAAAUAAGCUUUUUGUGCAUAUGGAACAUAUUAGAUCUUUUAUUUCAGAUAAUGAAACACGGUACAAACAUUUUACAUGUAGCUUUUAUAUUUUUGUCCAGUGUAUAUUGCACAGCUGUAUAUUUUUUGCUCCGUAAAUGAAACUGGUCUACAUUUUUUAUUCAAUCACAAUUUUCAUUAACCAAUUUUGGUCUUUAAUGAAGGGUCGACAGACAAGUUUGCAAACGCAGCCUUUGUGAAUCUCUUUAGGACAUGAUCACCCAUUCCCAUUGUAGCAUCCCUGUAGGAUUGACGAGAUAGUGGGGGGUGAAAAGUGAGGCCAACACUACCGUAUCAGAGUGUGUAUUUGGUUCACAGCCCCUGAUUCUGGGGCACUUAAAGCUGCAAUAUUGUAUGUAACUUUUUGGGGGACCCAACCAAAUUCACAUAGAAACGAUUUCUAUGCUUCCCGUGCUCAUUUUUGUAUCUUUUACGUUUGGUUAUGUACACCAGCUAUAAAGAGCUGAUUAUACAUUAUUUUUUUCAGAUGGUACAAUGAUUAUCAAUACUUGUUUUGGCACAUAAACUGAAAUUAGGGCAACUAUUAUAAUUUUAGUAACCAGGAAAUGGCAGAGUGAUUUCUGCCUAUUGCACCUUUAAGGAUUUCCUCUGAAUUACCAUUAAGAUAAUGGAUGAAAUGGAAAUUAAAGUUGGAAGUUGUCAAUCCCAUGCUAUUGAUUGGCUAAAAUAUUUACGUGUCAGGUGGUAUGGUGUAACUAUUCAAUUAUUGGUUAAUGAUCAACUCUUGCCUUUUAUUUCAAUCUCAAAGUAUUAAGAAACCUUUCAUAGACGCAAAGACAUCUGAUGAUCUCUCUAGUUUGAAAGUUUUGUUUACAUUUUGUCAUUCCCACAUGUUCUUGUAGAUUUCAUACAGUAGAAGCUUGAGCUUAGCUAAAUUGUAUAUCAAAGGAAACAUUACUCUUAGUGAUAUCACCUGUAUUGCAUAAUUAUCGAUUGCUGAUUAGCCAUUGAAUGUUCAAGACAUGUCAUGACUGUGUUAAAUGUUUUGAUACUCAGCUUCACAUAGCACAUUAUUAGUUAUUGUAAUAAUGUAUUAAAUCCAUAGGCAACAAUUAUAUUCAACAUUUUGUAAUGUUAUUUUUUAGAAAAUGAUUAAGUGGAAUUGCUUACAGAUGUAUCUUGCCAAAAAUGAUUGAUCAAAUUGCACUUUCACUGCACCAUUAUAUAGGUUAUUACAAGUAAAAGUAUUUCAUAUGCUUUGCUUUGCUUUGAAGAUUAAAAAAUUAUUGUAGCAAUUUUUUUUAGGACUCAUCAUGGAGGUCAUUCGAGAUCUUUGUCCUCAAAAACCUCCAAUCACUGUGAAUGAGAUCAGAGUCUAGAAGACCAUGCUGAAAUUGAGGCUGUUUUAGGACAAGCCCAAAUUAUAGAAAAGCUAUUUAGAUAAUAUGAUCAGAUGGUGAAUGAAUGACAUAGUUAAUUUGAUUUACUACCAUAACUAACUAAAUGUUUCUGGACAAAAAAAUGAUUAACUGAAAUUAGCACUUGAAAUGGACCAGGGUCUCUGAUACACACUACCAUCACGUGUCCUGAUAGUAGUUAGUAAGUUGAUAGUUUGUUGAUGUUAGUUUUUAGUAUGUGCAGAAUGAAAGAACAUGUAGAUGGGUUAAAUAUGUCUAGUUGAUGAUGUCAUUAGCUGCUUUCCAUUAUCUUCCUUUUUCAUUCUAAUGCUCUUAUUGCACCCACGCACAGCUCACACUGGCACUGCACUAGCUAUUUGCACAUGCUUCAAGUGCCUAGGCUUUUUGAAUGCUGCUUUAUUGUUCAUAUCAGUAACUGUGUCCUUGCAGACAAUUCUGCUUCUCUUACACGGCACACCUUACUUAGCACAUAUCCUGUGUGCUGUACCUUUUUGUUUUUGUCACCACGCACUGAAAUCUCAUUGUAGUUUGACUGCUUUGCAAAGUGGGAUUUGUGAAUGUGAUAUGUACACAUUAGUUUGCCAAACCAGUGUUUUCUCUCCUUUCUUUCUUGUCACUGAAUGUGUACAAAAUGCAAUAGCAAGAAAUAAAGGUAUAACAGUAAAAA